UAUUUUUUAGUCAUUGUCAUUCGAAGAAAAAAUAGAGGGGCAAUAUUUUGGAAUGCUCGAUGAAUUUUGACAUUGCAUUUAAUAAGUGCAAUUUAUUUUAUCAAAAAAAAAAAAAAAAUAUCAAAAAUUGUUGUAAUUGUGGUGAGUUCAUUGUUCGGAUAUAAGUUACAAAAGCACUUGAGAACUUUUAUCAGUGUAUAUAAGAAAGGAGUCAAUCAAUAAACAAAGUCACUAUCAGCUAUCAUUUCCAAGUUGUCAUUUUAUACAAAAACCUCGAUCGGUUCAAUAACAGCAGAAAGAAAGAUGAAAGCUGUGAAAUUCAACUAUUCUGGUUUGAUGUGCCCGGUUUUUACUGCGUUUGCCAAUGACAGUAAACGUACGAUUCGAUACGAUGUGAUUGAUAAAUAUGCGAGUUGGUUGAAACAACGUGGAAUUAAUGGAGUGCUUGUGAAUGGUACAACUGGUGAAGGUGUUUGUCUACGUAUCGAAGAGCGUAAACAAAACUUUGAACAUUGGUUAAAUUCUUGUCGCAAGCACGAUCUAAAAUGUAUGGUUCAUAUUGGUGGUACUUCUGUAUCUGCGGUCCAUGACCUGGCCGAGCAUGCUGAAGAAAGUGGUGCUGAUGCUGUUCUUUGUUUGCCGGAGCUUUUCUUCAAACCAACUUGUGAAGAGGAUUUGGUUGACUACUUACAAAAUGUCGCCGAACAUUGUCCAACUCGACCUUUGUUCUACUACCACUUUCCAGCCUUUACCAAAGUCAAUUUGCAAAUGCCACGGUUGUGCGAUUUGGCUGAGAAACAUAUUCCAACAUUCAAUGGAAUUAAGUUCACGAGCAAUGAUUUGAAUGAAGGUGUUGCCUGCUUGAAGCCUGGUCGAAAGGUGUUCUUGGGAUCGAAUACAAUUUUUCUUGCUGCACUAACUCAAGGUUUUGAUUCUGGUAUUUUGCUAUCGUUGAAUGUCUUUCCGGAGAUGGCACAAGAAAUCUUGGCAGCUGUUCAGGAAAAGCGAUGGGAAGAUGCACGAGCUACACAAUUAAAACUUACAAAACGGUUUAAUGAAUGCGGCACCGCAUUGAAAAAUGAAUUUAAUCACAUUAAUAGCGAUUUUUCGUGUGGACCGGCAAGAAAACCUUCACUUAAUUUAAAUAAAAAAUAAUUUACAGUUCUAUUGAUUUUAAUCGGGAAGGCAAUGACAUCAUUGAAAAUGAUAUCUUUGCAUGACCGAUUGGCUUUAUACAUAUGAGUACAUUUUCUGAAGAGAGUGUCAAUAAAUGAUAUUUUACACUGAA